CUCCACCACCACCACCACCCCCCUCUCCUCCUUUUAGCAUCUGAAAAGACCACUGAGUGAGAAUCGAUGGCGCAGAGGCCCGCUUGACAGGACAAUAAACCACAAAGAAGGGCCUCCCGCAGCGAUGCCCCAGCAGAGAAAGGUCUCCUCUCCAUGCCGCCGCCUCGGCCUGGUACCCACCUGCCUCCAGACGCUGAAGAGCGGCCACAGCUUCCCAUGAAGCCACCACCAGAACUCAGCUCGACCGCUCUGCAUGGGGCCUCUCACAUGUAAACUGACAUGGAGGAUGAAGAUGGGACUUGUCUACUUGAUGUUUUGUGUGACCCCCAAGCCCUGAAUGACUUCCUUCACGGGACCAGUGAGCUGCAGACUGAAGACCUGCUCAUUAACUCCUCCUCUGGGGAGCCUUCCCUCUUCACAGAUGCCCCGAGUCCCGUCUCGCUGCUGGGAGACGGCAGGGACUGCACAGACACGCCUCCACCUGGCUGUGUGGAUCUGUCCUUCUUGGAGGAGGCCCUCCUGUCAUCUCCGGAGGGUGGAGAGGACCCAGAAGCUGUGCAGCCACCUGUGGAGGCUGGAUGUGAGGCAAAGAAGGAGGAAGUGGGGGAGGAAGAGGUGGCUUGUGAUAUCCUCCAGCAGAGUUUGCAGGAGGCUGAAAUCACUGAGCAGACUAUGGCCCUGGAAGCAGGACUGGCACAUGCAGGAGACAGUUUAUCCCUAUAUUCCCCCACUCCUCUUCUCUCUUCACCUACUGUGCCAUUCAUACCUAAGUCCGUUACCUUGCCUGUUGCGCCAACAUUGCCCAGAGACACUCAGGCAGCAGUUGAGCCUCCCCAGCCUUCCCUACUGGCUGUUGGACCAGGAUGCCCAUCUCUAAAACCUGCUGCCCCGGCUCAGCUGAUGGGACUCCUGCCUGGAAAUGUUUUUCCUGCUCCAUCUCCAGACAAUUCCUUCUCCUUGAGUCCUGCUCAAGGUUCAAACAUGAUCAUACACAAGGCUGUGCCCAGUGUCACCACCCGCCCCCUUUUUAACCCGGCUCUUAGAGCUGCAGCAGCACCAGCAUCAGGCAUUGUCCUGCAGCGUGCCCCUCUCCCUAUCCAGCCCAAGUUACCCAUCAGCAUUCAGCCUAGACUGAUUCAAAUUAGCCCUAAGCCCUCAGGGCAGAAAGCCACCUCUGGUCUCACAUUUGUCCCCGCGACUGCCUCGCCUAACAUUUUACUGUCCCAAGCUCCAGGCCAAAAGACUGUAUCUCCACAGCCACAGCCAGCACAGCAGCUCUCAAAACCAGUCAGCCUGCAGCUGGUCAAUCAGGGCGGCUCCUUUGUGCUCCAGCCUCAGGGACUCUUCCAAGGUCAGAACCAGUUUCUUCUUCCGGGCCAGUGUCCCGUUACAAUCUCCCAGCCUGCCAGAGCAGUACAACCUCUUCUUACCCCCAGUCAUCAAGGCCCAUCUGUUCACAGUGUAGCUGCCUCCACUGGGCAGCUGGUGGACGGGUCUCAGAUCCUAACUGUACCACAAAGACAGCUGAAUUUCAGCCCAGUCUUCACCACUCCUACAGGGCAGCUAGCUCUUCGCCAGGCCACUGUGCUUUCAGGAUCUUUGCAGCUCCAGUCAGCCCCCGCUACUGUCUUCCAGAUGCCAGCACAGCUGGCUGGAGCUUACACUGCAGGAGGGCAGGGGCAACAAGCUACCCUGGUCCACAGUCCUGGUCUUGGGAACCACAUCACCCUGAUCAACAGUUCAGGGGUGCUUCCCCAGGAUCUGACUUCCAUCUCUAUUGUCAACGGCCCCUCGGUUGUUCAGGGACUGCCGUUCGCUGCCCAGGCUGCGGCUCCUCAGGCAGGAGUGACAGAAGGACAGCUGAGCCUCCAGCGGGCCUCUGUGGUGCUGCUGCCUGAGAGGCCUGUUCAGGAAGAGAGGAGCAGCUCAGAGGAGGCUUUCCACCAACUACAACAGCCCUUUGGACACGUUGUCCAGCAUGUCUCGGUGCAGCCCAACUCCGCAGGGCUGCAGUCCUCUCCUCCUCCUGUAGUUGCAGUUUUACAGCCCCCACCUGAGCCUCUGCAUGUUUCAGAAUCAGCUGUGGAGAUGCCGAAACUCCUGAUGCCCCCAGCAGACCUCAGUCAAGUUGUAGAAGAGGUUACCCACUCGAUGAGUCAGAGCCAGGCCUUUAUGCAACACAUGCCACAGCAGGAAGCACUUAAUUCUCCCAUCCCAUCUGAAUUAUUGGUUGGAGCACUGCCAGUGGUACCGAUUGAGCCCCUCACCUCCCCGGUUGUCAGCGACAGAGAGAUCCAACCCCAGACCAGUGCUGUGUCUGAGCUAGAUGCUCACGUGAUCUCAGGCCAGUGUGGUGAAGUUUCUCCUCAUCCCUCAGACCUUGAAGACCCACUGGCGAUCUGCUCACCGUCUCUGGUUCAUGACACUGUGAAACCAGCUCCAACAACUUACUCCCCUCCACCUGGGCCUCAGACUUCAGCUUCCCAAUCCCACAUGGAGGCCCAGGUCCAGUACCAAGUCCCCCACCAGCACCAGGUUCCCCAGAAUUUCUUUGCUGAGACCCAGGUGAAUGUUCAGCCAUCUGUUUCCCAACCUCAGUCUUCGAGCUGCACUCCAGCCCAAAGCAGCCCGUCUCCUCUGCAUGUCAACGUCUCGGUGCCUCAGCAGCAGACUGCUCCCACAACUGCAUCUGCUUUUCUGUCCAAAGACGGAGAUGAACCUGCUGUCCAACAGCACACACAAAACAAGCCUACAGCUGCCUUGGAGAGUAAGAGCUUUACUCUCAGUGUGCAUCCACCAUCUCUUGCAGAUCAGGGGGUUCAAGUUCACAGGCCUCAUGUUCAAUGUGGCCCCUUCCAGAUAAGUGAGAAGAGCGACACAAAGCUGGCAAGUAAUCUGGAACCGCAGAGAGAGGAGAGGAUCACACCAGCAAUGCGGAGACAGAGAUUCCAGCAGCAGCUUUGUUUGGACCAUGGAGCUGUGCAGAACCCAUUCACACGACCGGCGUUCAACACCCUGAGAGGCGCUGUGAGACGCCUGCUGCCGUACCACACCUGUGCCGGUCACCUGCCCACUCAAGAUGACUUCAGUUUAGUGGACCAGGAGUUUGACACUGUGUCAGGUUUCCUGCUGAAACGCACCAAGGACAUGGUCAACAAAUACAGGCAGCUAUUGGUUAAGGAAACCCAGCAGGAGAGUCCGUCGGCAGAAAUGGUGAUGCUGGAGCGUCUUUUCCUCCAGGCCGAGAGGUACUCGUUAGCAGAGGACAAACGGCGGGCUCGCAAAGAUCCAGAAACUUUUGUGACAGCUUUAGCGACGUCAGCGUCUUCCCCUCACAGUGCCCAGUCCUCUGGCUUCUCUCAUGUAUACUCUUCUACCAGCCCCUCAUCCCCACCAGCUUGGGCACGACUGACCGAAAGACCCCCAGGACUGAAGACCUAUCGUUCCAGCUCACGUGGAGCUCUAAGACUCACCAUCAAGCAGGAGUCCGGCUCUCGCAAAGUGAUCCACAACUCGGCCUGCGAUGCAGGACUCAAGAGAGACCAUGCAGGGCAGCUGACUAAUGGUGGGGGAGGUCUAAAUGAACUUCACCAUCAGGCAACCAAUGGAGCUUCUUGUCGUCCCCAGUAUGGAGAAGAAAUGUCUGAUGGAGUUUUUAUCUGCAACACUGCAGAACAGGUCCCACAGACAGCACCUGAUUCCCAAACAAAACCUUCAAUUUCCCUUCCGAUGACAGAACCAGAGGAUGUUUGCUUUGAGAUGGCCACCAGAGACAUCGGCGCCCCAAAACUGAAAUGCUACAGGCUGGAUGUGUCCCCUCAGCCGGAGCAGCGCUUCAGCCCUGCGUCCCUGCCUUUCCAAGAGGACAACAUCCUCAGUGAACAUCUACAGAGUGCCAUAGACAGCAUACUGGAGCUCCAGCGCCUGCAGGGCCCCUCUGCAGCCCCGAGCAGGGCAGCAUCAGGCCCUUCACUGGACCAGCCUGUCACCAGCAUCCUGGAGGGACACUUGUGAGGUAACCCUACAAAGAUGUUGAUGAUGUUGCUUGAACUGAUUGUGUGAAGAAGAAAAACAAUGAAUAGGCACUAUAAAGAGAUGCAUACCAGACAACAGCACUAUCUAUAGUCCAAUAGAUGUUAGAUACUUCAUUUUUGAUGUAAGUUUGUGGAAAAAAAAAAUCUAUUUGAAUAGGAGCUAUAUUGUUUCAGUGGUAGUUAAGUCCUUCAGAGGUUUACGACACUGGUGUAACCUUCAUCAGCAUAUAGUAUAUAAGUAAUAGUGAGGAUAAUAAAACAUGGAGUAGACUGAGAUUAUUCAAUAGUUUUUUUAUAAGAUUUCUUUCAAAAUUGUGAAGCUUUUUUUUUUUUUUUUUUUUGCAUAGUGCCAAUCUUCCAGGGUAUUUAUUUUGAUACUUGUGCCAACUGUGUUUUGCAUUGAGAAAUGCAGUGAAUGUGUGAGGUGUGCGUGUUCUCGUCUGGAUUAGUUUGGAUUCGGAAGUGUGUGUGUAAAAGCAUCGGAUCACGUGACGGGAUGAAACACAUAAAUCCCGCGUGCGCAGUCAUCCUAGCUUAAUGAAUGAAACUCCAAAGAUUUUGUGACUUGCUACAUUCAGAAUACACCAGCAAACAUCCACACCGUGUCUCUUCCCGCAAAGUGGAGUCUGUCCUCGUUGAAAUAGAAGAAAAAGAAAAAAAACCCGAUGGGCCACUGAAACACAUUAGGCAGUCGUAUUUUGUUGCUUUUUUUGAAAAAAAAAGUUUGGACUAUUAAUGGAGUCGAGCUGUGAAAUACUGCUCGUUUGCAGAGACAGGAACAGUUUCCCCUACUGUGUGUAUGAACAUGCAAGCAAUAAUAAGUGAGGGUUGUUGGGAGCCGCGGUGGUGCAGGAGGAGGGAGCCUGUUUGUUAACUGGGAUUGGGUAAAAGCAAAGAUUGUUUAGCAGAAAUGAGAGAUGCUUUAUUGUCAUAAAGGCCUUUGUUGUUUAGAAAAUAUUUCUAACAUGUUUCAAGGGCUUAAAGUGGGUGUACUGGCAUCAAUGACCAUAAGAAAUGUUUAGUUUUGGAAAGAAAUAUGCUAAAACUAGGAGAGAAUCUAGAGUUCGAGCCUCUCUGCAUCAUCAGCCUUUGACCAAAAACAUAAUGAAUCAUCUGCUACACUUACAGUAAAGUUUAUUUAAGCAGUUUUUGAUUUUCGCAGCUUUUUAUGUUAUUGUGACAAUCGUCUGGGCCCUUAUGAAAAUGUGAAUUCUUUAUCCUCCCGCCUUUGCAAACUCAUCAUGAAAUGUGUGCAAAAUAUGCUGUAGGUAAGUUUUUAGCUUGAAGAUCCAAGUUUGAACUGUAAAAACAACUAAAAUAUCUGUUACCUGUAGAAAGGACUGAAAACAUGCUUCAAAAAUGUAGCUAGGGUGUUAAAAGUAUGGGGUCACUUUUGUGUCUUUAUUUUGCAAUUUAAAAAUCAAACAAGAAAAUCGUUUUUUUGAAUGAAUGAAGUCUCAGACUGUUUAUUCAAAAUUUCAACUGCUACUUGAUGUAUAAAGGCCAUUCUGGCUAUGACAAUGUGUAAAGAUGGAUCUAUUUAUUGACUUCCCAUUAUUCCUAGUAAUUGCAGAUGCUGCAAACUGAGACUGAGAUCAGUAGCUGUCACAUCACAAAAAGUCUAAAUAACAAGCACAACUUGUAGAUUUAUGGUGCUCCAUUAACUUUAGAAGUUGCAACACAAAUCUCAGAAUGAUUGCAUUCCAAUAUCCUCGGGAUUUAUAACUAUGAUGAUGUUUAAUUAAAUUAACAUCAGUAGAAAUAAUCGUCUUGUUUUAAACAAAAGCAGUUAAAAUAAUGUAAAAUUUACACCCACCCCCUCUUAAUACCUAUUUUCACUAUAUUUUUUUGAUAUCCUUGAUGUGAAGUUUUGCUCUCAGAUUUAUGCAAUAUGAUGACACAAAACUAUCUUCAUACAAUUAAAAGGGGUUAGGACAACUUAUGAAUUGGACAUAUUUAUAAAGUACAGUGUGGUCAAUACAACAUAAUGAAACAAAAUCACAAGAUAGUUAGGGUGUGUUUUUCAAGCUACUGUAACAUGUUGGUUUUAGGAAAAGAGACAUCCAGAAAUUUGGGGCUAAAUUGCUUUCUUACAUUGUUUUCUUGAAUCGUGUGAGCUUUUUUGUGUGUGUUCUUAAAUAGUCUUUUGUUACUUUCAACAAAAGGAGUUUUAAUAUGCAGUAAUUUCGUGUUGAAACUAAAUGUACUAGUGUUGGUGGACACAUUGAAGAUCCACAAAACCCGUUGUGUGUGCCAACUCUGACGCCACGGUUAGCAGCAGUUGGCUAGCCUGGUUUGUCAUGUUGGGAGAUUUUGUGAUAAGCAAUUACCUGCUUCCUUAAGCUUUCAAUUUCUUCUCUAAAAUUUAUAGUGACUUGGAAAAAGUAUUUCUACCCCUUGAACCUUUUCACGUUACAACUUGAAACUUAAUUGUAUUCACUUAGGAGUUUAGAUGAACCACAUUUUACUGUAACUAUAGCCUGGCCCAUCUUUGCAUAUCUGGGGAUGGACGUUUUUGCUCACUCUUCUUUGGAAAACAGGUCAAGCUAGACUUUGACUGGGCCAUUCUAUCAACUGAAUGUGGUUUGAUCAUAACCAAUCUAUUGUAGCUCAGUUGUAUGGCUAGGGGUUCAUUGGCAUGCUGGAGGGUGACCCUCAUCUCCAUCAGUUCUCAAAUUAACUCUGACCAUCUUCCCUGUUCCUGAUGAAGCAAAGCAUUCCCACAGCAUGAUACUACCACCACCAUGUUUCAGCGUGGGUAGAGUGCGUUCUGGUCCAUUUCUUUUCCCCUCUUAUCAAUAAAAGUUCCUUCCUUGUUAUUAUGAAUCUUAGAGAACAUCCAAAAAAUAAAAGGUUCAAGGGGUAUGAAUACUUUUACAAGACACUAUUAUUGACAUUUUGCAAAAAGAGGCCUUUUCAGAAUUAAUGACAUGCUGGAUCUUCUAGUGUCUCCACCUACAAGUUUCAGCAAAAAUGCAGUAAAGAUGUCAGUGUCUUUCACAACAGAUAUCACUUUGUCACUGCUAAACUUCUUUAAGGGGAAUUCCUGUUUUUUUUUUUUGCAAAGCAUUUCCCAAGCCUCUCCUUUAAAAUUCAACGCCUCUCAAUACGAGAGAAGCUCAACAUUGACGGAAUCCCCUUUAAUGAAGCAGCCUCGUGUGCCAUUGUUACUGUCGCAGUGUCAAACGCUGCGCUUCAGAUAUUUAGCCAGUCUGGAUCAUCGGAUAAAAGAAUUCUGCAUGUUGAGCCGUUUUAGUUAUUUGUAAAUGUGCUUUAUUCAGCGUUUCUGACUGAACUGUGAAACCAGGGGAGCUCAUGACUUACACUUAACUUCAGAUACAAAACAUUCGACUAGCAGAUUGUUCUGAUGCCAAAAUCAAGAGGCCUUAAUUCAGCAGAACUAGAUUGUAAAAAAAAUAAAUGUUGAUUAAAUAAAAAAAAAGAAAAAAAAAAAAAAAGAAGGGUUCAACUUAAGACUCCUAAGUCAUUCAUAUAAGAAAUGUUAAGAAAACCACUUUUGUACUCAUUUUUACAAACUAUUUAUUAAACUGUGAUUUUGUAAGAAAAA